UUCACACUUCACCGUUCCUCAAUCGUUUCGAGAAUGGUGUAGUCGAAAAGAUUUCCUUAAUUUUUUGGUUGAAAUAAAAGCGAAACAACUUAGUGGGAUGGGUGUGUGUCACUGUCCACGAAACAAAGUUGGACAGGGAGUAGCUCUGAAAAGGGUCGGCUAAUUAUAAUACCGAACUGAACCGCCCCCAUACCUCUCGGCUUUUACUUGGUGGUGAACAACAUUCAGUUAACAUAGGAAGAGAUAGGAAGCACGUUGCUAGUUAGCUUUAAGUAAAACCUAGUAUUAUCCCCCAAGGCAAAUUUGUACGGGCCGGAAAAUAGCCAGGACAUGAUUCUGAAGCCGAUGUGCAUGAUUAAGCUGUCAGAUUUAUUGGAUUUAAGUUGAAAACCACAGCUAUGCUGUUAUGCUAGCUCUCCGAGUUGGACUGAAAUGGCCUCAGUGCCGAAUCCUGCAGUUUUUCUCACUUCUGUUAUGGAGGAAAUAAGCUGUCUGUCACUCUGAGGUGAGAGUCUCUACAUACAGAGCUCGUGAUGAAAGCUCUCGGCGCGCGCUCCGCGUUCUACGUGGGCCUUGUGGUGGGCACGUGCACCAUGUACGUGCUCCUGCGUCAGGUUGGGUUCACGCGGAACGUGGGGUCUGUUGAGCCCGAGGCCCACAAGAAAAGCAUGCUGGAGAUGGUUGAAGAAGAAAACAAGAACUGGAAGAAGGAGAGGUUGGCUCUCUUCAACCUCAAUCAUCCUCACCAUACAGGUGAGGAUGGCACUCUGGCUGACGCUCUCUAUAAGCAUGUACGCAUUUUGUGUUGGGUCAUGACCGGCCCUAAUAACCUUGAGAAGAAAGCUCGGCACGUGAAAGCCACGUGGAGUCGCCACUGCAACAUUGUGGUCUUCAUAAGCUCUGUGGAUGACCCUGAUUUUCCUACGGUUGGCCUAAACACCAAGGAAGGUCGGGAUCAGCUGUACUGGAAAACCAUUCGUGCUUUCCACUACGUCAUGGACAAGCACGGGGACGAGGCAGACUGGUUCCUCAAAGCGGAUGACGACACUUACGUGGUCGUCGACAACCUGCGCUGGAUUCUGGCCAGCCACUCUCCAGAGGACCCGGUGUAUUUCGGCCGGCGGUUUAAGCCGUACGUAAAACAGGGAUACAUGAGUGGCGGUGCUGGUUACGUGCUUAGCAAAGAGGCUCUGAGGAGGUUUGUUGUGGGCUUUCGCACCAAAGUGUGCACUCACACUAGCUCAGUGGAGGACCUAGCUCUGGGUCAGUGUAUGGAGAAGAUAGGCGUUGUGGCAGGAGACUCCAGAGACACCUUAGAAAGAGAGACAUUCCAUCCUUUUGUACCAGAGUCCCAUCUCACUGGUACAUUUCCUAAGACCUUCUGGUAUUGGAACUACUGUUAUUACCCCAUUGUGCAGGGCCCACAGUGUUGCUCAGACCUGGCUGUUUCUUUCCACUAUGUGGAUGCGUCACACAUGUACCUGCUGGAAUACUACACUUACCACUUGCGUGCCUUUGGCUACAAAUACCGCUAUCAGCCCCCUGAGCCCAGUGUCAUACAAGACUUAAAUGCUCCAGCCCCAGACAAAGUGGAAAUCGGAGACAUAGAGGAAAAGCUGGGGGCAGAAGAACAGGAAGGAGAAAAGAAAUCCCUCGAGCAAAAUGAAAAGUUAUAGCAGAUUUUUGCAUAGGAAUUUUUACAAGUAACAUUAAAAAAGAACUGUUUUUGGGAUGGUGUCUUAAAAUAUCUUCUGUAUUGUGCCACAGAAAUGUGUGCAUGACAUGUUUGCGUGAUUUAAUGAACUGGUACAGUUGGGAGUGUGUUCCUCUUAAUAAUGUAAUUGUAUGCGAAUGUUUAAAUAUGACAGUGCGGAAUUGUAUGACAUGAAAGUUUAGACUUGUGUGUAGGACCCUGCCUUAAUAGUAUAAUAAUGUUGGGUAAUAUUUUGGGGCCAGAAGCAAGGAUGCCUCUGCAUUCGUUAUACUUUGCAUUCAUUUCUAAUUUGUAUUUCUUUUUGUAUAAAAAUAUGAGUUUGCUCUGCACUGUCAUCAUAAACACACCGCCAUGUAUGAUUUAACAGCAAUGUCAUAAGAAAAAGGGGCCCUGAUUUUACUUUCAUUUGCUCAUUCCCUUGAAUUAGUGCCUCUGCUCUGAUCCAGAAAAAUCAUGCAUUUCCAUAUGUCCCUGGACCACGUUUGUAUUGAGUUUAGGCAAUAUUUAAACAGCAGCUUAUAGAUUUUGUAGCUUGCAAACCAAUUCAGCAAACAUUCAAGCUCCAGCUGUGUUUUCUCUCUACACAGUCUACAAUACCUUUGCCAAAGUUGAACGUGCACAAUUUACUUUGACUAAGAUUACAUCGAAAUAAAAAUUAACCAGGAUGUAGUCCUUCAACUGACACCAAAACAGCUAUUACCCUUCUCUGAAAGUUAAAGGGAUAGUUCACCCAAAAAUGAAAAUUGUCAUCAUUUACUCUUCCCAAAGUUGCUCCAAAUCUGUAUGAGUUUCUAUGAGAAGAUAUUUGCGAAGAAUGUAGUUAACCAAACAGUUUCUGGUAGCCAUUUACUUGUAUAGUAUGGAAAAAAUACUAUUGUGGUCACUGACUACCAGCAAUUGUUUUGUUCUUCAAAAUAUCUUCCUUUGUGUUCAGCAGAAGAAAGAAGUUCAUACAGGUUUGGAACAACAUGAGGAUGAGUAAAUGAUGACAAAAUGUUCAUUUUUGGGUGAACUACCCCAUUAGGAAAGUUUCAAGAAUACGGAUUUGUAAGAUUCUGUUGGCUGGCCCAAUAGUUCAUGAGUGCCUGGGAAAGAAGUAAAGGUAGCAAGGUAGAUAAGACCGUGUAAGUAUACA